UGUGUUCUCGCUGACGGUGUCGAGCGUGGAAUUUUGACUGCCAAUCGUAUGAUCCCAGGACCAAGUAUCCAAGUAUGCGAAGGAGAUCGAGUCGUUGUCGAUGUCGAAAAUCAUAUGGAAGGUAUGGAAGUCACCAUCCAUUGGCAUGGAAUCUGGCAGAGAGGAUCCCAAUAUUACGAUGGAGUACCGUUUGUCACGCAGUGCCCCAUACAGCAGGGUAACACCUUCAGAUAUCAAUGGAUUGGUAACGCAGGAACCCACUUCUGGCACUCACAUACAGGUCUACAAAAAUUAGAUGGUCUUUAUGGUUCCGUAAUCGUACGUCAACCUCCAUCCCAUGAUCCAAACAGCCACAUGUACGACUUCGAUCUCACUACACAUAUAGUUUUAAUUUCUGAUUGGAUGCACGAAGACGCAAUGGAGAGAUACCCCGGACGAUUAGCAGUAAAUGCAGGUCAAGCUCCUGAAAGUUUCCUCAUUAACGGUAAAGGACAGUUCCGUGAUCCCAACACCGGAUUUAUGACCAAUACGCCUUUGGAAAUUUUCACUAUCACUCCCGGAAGAAGAUACAGGUUCCGUAUGAUUGCUGCCAUCGCUUCAGUGUGUCCAGUUCAAUUGACGUUUGAAGGACAUUCAUUAAAAGUCAUAGCCACAGACGGUGAACCGGUACAACCGGUUGAGGUCAACACCAUCAUCAGUUUUUCAGGAGAACGUUACGACUUUGUGAUCGAAGCCACGCAGCCCGCGGGCGCCUACUGGAUCCAACUCCGAGGCCUCGGCGAGUGCGGCAUCGAGCGCGCUCAGCAACUGGCCGUGCUCCGGUAUGCUCGGGGUCCGUACCAACCAUCGACUCCGGCGCCCACGUACGACUCCGGAUUACCGCAGGGCGUGGUUAUGAACCCAUUGGAUGCCAUGUGUAAUGAUCCAUUGCGUACCGAUGCUGUGUGUGUUAAUCAAUUAAAAAAUGCUCACACGGUUGAUGAAUCUCUGCUCCAGCUUAAACCAGAUGUCAAGAUUUUCUUACCUUUCCGUUUCCAUGUCUACAGACCAGAAACAUUGUUCCAGCCUAACACUUAUAACAGAUAUUUAGUUGCUCCAACUGGAGAUCACGUACUAUCAUUGGUGGAUGAGAUAUCGUACAUGUCACCAUCUGCUCCUCUGCUUUCUCAAUACGAUGAUAUCAAUCCUGAACAGUUCUGUAAUGGAGACAACAGACCCGCCAACUGUGGUGACAACUGCAUGUGUACCCACAAAGUAGAUAUACCCCUCAAUGCUAUUGUAGAAGUCGUACUCGUCGACGAAGUUCAACAAGUCAACUUGUCCCAUCCCUUCCAUCUUCACGGGUACGCGUUCAACGUCAUUGGCAUGGGAAGAUCACCAGACAAGAGUGUGAAGAAGAUCAAUUUGAAGCAUGCUUUAGAUCUGGACAGGAGGGGAUUGCUGCAUCGAGAAUUUAACAGACCGCCAGGAAAGGAUACCAUUGCUGUUCCGAAUAAUGGAUACGUGGUUGUGCGAUUCAGGGCCGACAAUCCAGGUUAUUGGUUAUUCCAUUGCCACUUCCUGUUCCACAUAGUCAUUGGAAUGAACUUGAUCGUUCAUGUGGGAACUCAAGCUGAUCUGCCGCCAGUACCUCCAGAUUUCCCAAAAUGCGGAAAUCAUCUGCCCCCAAUACAGUUCCCUCAAUUACACAAGCCAUUCUUCCACCAUUAGCGCAAUUGUUAAUUAAAUUAAAAGUUAAUGUUGUUAUUGACUAGUUUUAAACAAAG